AUGCGUCAAACUCGGAUUUUCGCGGGCUCCUCGCACCCCGCCCUGGUCGAGGGCAUUUGCGACCGAUUGGGUCAGCGGCCCGGCAACGCAGAGCUGCGGAAGUUCAGCAAUGGAGAGACCAGUGUGCAGAUACAGACGUCCGUUCGCGACCAGGAUGUCUUCAUCGUGCAGAGCGGCAGCUCAAAGAUCAACGACAAUGUCAUGGAGCUUCUCAUCAUGAUUUCGGCCUGCAAGGGUGGCUCGGCCAAAUCCAUUACUGCCGUUAUGCCCUACUUUCCAUACUCUCGCCAGAGCAAGAAGAAGUCCCACCGCGGCGCCAUAACAGCCCGCAUGAUCGCGAACCUCCUCCACGUCGCCGGCGUCAACCACGUCAUCACCAUUGAUCUGCACGCUUCGCAGAUGCAGGGUUUCUUCAAGUGCCCCGUCGAUAACCUUGUUGCCGAGCCGCUCAUUGCGCGCUGGAUCCGCACCAAUGUCCCUAACUGGCGGGACGCCGUUAUCGUGUCGAAGAACCCAGGCGGAACAAAGCGUGUGACCAGCCUGGCCGAUGCGCUGAAGCUGAGCUUCGGCAUCGUCACAACCGAUCGGAGAAGGCCAGGGCGUGGCGAAGGUGGGCUCAGCCUGGCUGGCAGUGCUGUCUUCGGAAUGGGCAUGGAUGGUCCUUAUGAUGAUGCGGACUUGAUCGAUGAUGCACUUAACAUUCAGACCAGUGUAGCACAUACGGCUGAGCAGGCGCACCUCGAAACUGUGCAGGAGGCUAUUCAAGACGAGGAAACAGAUAUCAAAGGCGAGGAAGCCAAGGAUGGAGAGAACGAAGAGAAGGCCAAGGAUGAGGAAAAGGUCGAGGAGAAGGACGAGUCCCAGAAAAAGGAAGAGGAAGAGAACAAGGGCAAGGAGAGAGAGGACAAGCACAAGAGAGGCCGGAGCAGGGGUAUCUCGAACACGCACGCCAAGUUCCUCAUGAACGGCACCGGUGUGCCCUCAAGCCCGCUGGCCAAAUCUUCCCGACCCGAUUCCUUCUCCGAGGACGGCCCUGAUUCUCCAAGGAAGGCUCUGAUGCGCAGUGCUACCGCUCCCAGCGCCGCUCAUUCACCAGAUCACCCCGAGGCGGACGAAUACACCGACGAGCGUGCCCGUGACGUCAUCCAUGGUCGCCUGGUCCACGGCCACAUUGUCGACGAAGAGUGGCCAUCCCCCGCACUCUCAGCCGUCUCCUUCAAGAACCGGCGCAACCGGGCCGGUUCCGACGAUGACGACGUCGACCCCCCAGAGCAGAUGCUCAACUCAUUCAUGUCGACCAAGUCGUCGGUACGACCAACGGAAGAGCCAGAAAACGCACACCCGAUGGGCGGCUCGCAUGACGCGGGCGACACGUCAGAAGCCGAAGAGGAAGAGCUCAAGAACCCGGAAUUCGAGACGACGGUGACACUAGUGGGUAACGUGCGCGACCGGCCCGUCUGCAUCGUGGACGACAUGAUCGACAAGUCGGGAAGCUGGAUCGCGGCAGCCGAGACGGUGGUCAAGCGCGGCGGCGCGACAAAGGUGUACUGCAUGGCGACGCACGGGCUGUUUGGCGGGGACUGCCUGGAAGAGAUGCAGGAGUGCGAGUGCAUCGAGCGCAUCAUCGUCACCAACUCGUUCCCGAUCCCGGAGGAGAAGCGCGCGUCGUGCUCGAAGCUGACGGUGCUGCCCGUCGAGAGCCUGCUGUCGGAAGCGAUUCGGAGGAACCACCACGGCGAGAGCAUCAGCCAGCUCUUCUCCCUGCACAAUUACGACUAA